AUUGCGCUUGUCAUAAUCCUCAAAUUUACACAUGUUUUUACCGCACCAACGUGACUUUUGCGAAGCAUAAAGUUUUUGGCCCUUCAUCAUGUCUGAACGCAAAAAGCGCAGCAGCACUGCGAAGCGUAAAUCCGAGCAAACCGGAUCUUCCAAAUCUAAAACCUCAGUGGAUAGUGAAUACCCAAGUUACUCGAAAUUCCAAGUAUCGUACUCGGUUGUGUGCCGUCAGCGUUACCACAAGAACAAACUCCGCUACGACAAACAGUUCGAGCACGAGCUUAAAAUGCUAGAGCUAAUGCAGAACUCCGCCUACGAUUCGAUGCGUUUCCACAGACACAUGGCCAUAACCACCCUGUGGCCUCCGUUGCACACGAGGAAGGAAAUCGAGUAUGUUCUGGAUAAAUUUUUCCGAUUGCCGGACAAGCAGACGCGGCGUUUGCACGAAAUAAUGAAUUCCCCCGUGUAUUGAUCUGUGAAUGUGCGGGUGUUUCUUUUAAGUUGGUUCAAUACAAAGUUAAUCGAUGGUUGUUGCAUUCAAAAAUUUAACUACACUGAUUUAUCUUGCAAGAAACUUCCAUUCAUUUGUAACUGAUUAA